ACCAUCAUGUCCAACUUCAACAAUUCUAGAAAUGAAAUUUUCAUGUUCUAUUUGGUUGGGAUCCCAGGGAUGGAGCCUGCCCACAUUUGGAUCUCCAUACCCAUAUGUCUCAUGUACAUUGUGGCCAUCUUGGGGAAUUGUAUCAUCCUCUUUUUCAUAAAAACAGAACCCUCUUUGCAUGAACCCAUGUAUUAUUUCCUCUCCAUGCUGGCUCUCUCGGACCUUGGGCUGUCUUUCUCCUCUCUCCCCACCAUGCUUAAGGUUUUCUUGAUCAAUGCUCCAGAAAUUUCGCCCAAUGCAUGUUUUGCUCAAGAGUUUUUCAUUCAUGAAUUCUCAGCUUUGGAGUCAUCUGUGCUUCUCAUCAUGUCUUUUGACAGAUUUGUUGCCAUCUGUAACCCUCUGAGAUACACCUCCAUUUUUACCAAUACCAGGGUCACUCAGAUUGGGCUUGCCUUUGCUCUCAAGAAUGUUUUGUUGAUCCUGCCUUUCCCUUUAACUCUGAGACAUCUAAGAUACUGUAAGAAGAACCUCCUGUCCCAUUCCUACUGCCUCCAUCAGGAUGUCAUGAAGUUGGCCUGUUCUGACAACAGAGUCAAUGUCGUCUAUGGCUUAUUUGUGGCUCUCACGGGCAUCCUGGAUAUAACAUUUAUUUUUGUAUCCUAUGUGAUGAUUGUGAAAGUGGUGUUGAGCAUAGCCUCCCAGAAGGAAAGGCUCAAGGUCUUCAACACCUGUGUCUCCCACAUCUGCGCUGUGCUCAUCUUCUACAUUCCUGUUUUCUCCCUUGCUGUUAUCCACCGUUUUGCCAAAAAUUGCUCUCCAAUGGUCAGGAUCCUCAUGGCUGAUGUUUUCCUGAUGGUGCCUCCAUUGAUGAACCCCAUUGUCUACUGUGUAAAGAGCCAACAGAUAAGAAAUCUGGUCUUAGAGAAACUGUGCCAGAGCAAAACUCACAGGGAUUCUUAA